CUACAUUAAAUGGUGGUAGCAUUUAUUGAGCCCUUGCCAUGACCAAAGAACUUUAAUGAUGGGAAACAGGACAUCGGUGAUAGAAUUCAUUCUUCUUGGACUGACAGAUGAUGCUGAUCUCCAAGCUCUGCUUUUCCUUUUUCUGCUGCUAACUUACGUCUUAAGCAUCCUGGGAAACGUGACCAUCAUCAUUCUGACCCUGCUGGAUUACCGCCUCCAGACGCCUAUGUAUUUCUUCCUCCGGAAUUUUUCUUUUUUGGAAAUAUCUUUUACCUCUGUCUUUGUUCCCAAAAUGCUGGUCAAUAUCGGAACUGGAGAUAAGACUAUCUCCUUUGCGGGGUGUUUCACUCAGUACUUUUUUGCCAUCCUUCUGGGAGCCACUGAGUUUUAUCUUUUAGCUGCCAUGUCCUAUGACCGCUACGCUGCCAUUUGUAAACCCCUCCAUUAUACAACUUUAAUGAGCAAGAGACUGUGCAUUCAACUUGUCCUGUGUUCCUGGUUCUCAGGAUUUUUGGUUGUCGUUGUGCCACAUACAAUGGCUCUCCAGCUGCCUUUCUGCGCAUCCAACGUCAUCAAUCAUUACUGCUGCGAUUAUACGGUACUGCUGCACCUGUCCUGCGCAGACACACGUUUCAUAGAAACGAUGGAGUUCAUCUCUGUGGGAAUUACCCUCAUCUUCACCUUGGUGCUAGUGAUUCUUUCCUACAUGUACAUCAUCAGGACAAUUCUGAGAAUCCCCUCCGUUCAACAAAGAAAAAAAGCUUUUUCUACAUGCUUCUCUCACAUGAUUGUGGUCUCACUUUCUUAUGGAAGUUGUAUCUUUAUGUACAUAAAUCCUUCUGUUAAGGAUGCAGAAACUUUUAAUAAGGGAGUGGCUGUCCUAAAUACCUCAGUUGCCCCUCUGUUGAACCCUUUCAUCUAUACUCUAAGGAACAAGCAAGUGAAAAUAGCCUUCAAAGAUAUGGUCAGCAAGGUAACAAUGUUUUCCAGAAGGUGA